GCUGGCUGGCUGGCUGGCUCGACCCUCGCGCGCAGCUGGGCCUGGGCCGACGGCGACGACAAACUACCACUAGUCUGGGCGGCGUUGCAAUUUCCAGCACCAGCGAUCAAUCCCCAACGCCAAACGGCUCGCUCCCCCCCCCGCAGACGCACGGCUGGUGGUGCAGCAGCAGCAACAGCAGCAGCAGCUACGGACUGCUUCCCCCACUACUAACAAACGAUAGCACGGACUUCUUCAACAAGGACGCGCAGAAGCUAGUACUAGUAGUAGUAAACCUCCCCGCAGCGUCCUGCAGGAGACUGCGUCUGCAGCAAGACCCCGGCCCUCGCCAAGGACGGGAACCGACAAGUCUUUUCGUCCUUUUGACGUCCCUUUGGCCCCCUCCCUGCCCGGCGCCUCCCGCGACGCCACUCACUUGACCUCUGUUCUCGUCGCGCCUGGUGGUGAGGGUGGCCCAGCGCAGUCCAGUCCUUUUCUCUCCACAUCACAGCACUCGCUCCUCGUCCUCGUCCUCGUCGUCAGCGAGCGUGCCGCCAUGGCGCUGGGAAGUUUCAUCAAGGACGCGAGCGCCGACGGCGGCCGGAGCAGCGCCGACCCCAUAGGCGGCGGCCGCUUCUGGAGCGGCAAGAAGAAGCUCGGAUCAAACGACUUCACGAUGCGCGAGCGCCCCAUCGGCGAGGAGCGCGACGGCAGCGUCGCCAACGGCUCCUCGACCGAGUACCGCACCUACAAGCGGCGCUGGUUUGGCCUCGUUCAGCUGACCCUCAUGAACAUUGUCGUCUCCUGGGACUGGCUCACCUUCGCCCCCGUCGCCGACAACGCGGCCACCUACUAUGGCGUUUCCAAGUCCACCAUCAACUGGAUCAGCACCGCCUUCUUCCUCUCCUUCGUCGCCAUCUUCCCCCUGACCAUUGCCGUGCUGCACCGCGGGCCCAAGCUGGCUUUUAUGGUGGCCGCCGUGCUCAUCCUCAUCGGCAACUGGGUGCGCUAUGCCGGCUCCACGAGCGCCUCCGGCGGCCACAUCGCCCACGUCAUGGCCGGCGAGAUCCUCAUCGGCUUCGCCCAGCCCUUUAUCCUCGCCGCCCCGACCCGCUACUCGGACCUGUGGUUCACCAACCGCGGCCGCGUCGCCGCCACCGCCGUCACCAGCCUCGCCAACCCCCUGGGCGGCGCCCUGGGCCAGCUCAUCAACCCGCUCUGGGUCAAGGACCCGGCUGACAUUUCCAAAAUGGUCCUCUACGUGUCCAUUAUUUCGACCGUGUGCAGCGUCCCGGCCUUCUUCGUCCCCGCCGCGCCGCCCACGCCCGUCGGCCCGUCGGCCGAGACGCCCAAGCUCCGCCUCCGCGAGUCGCUCGGCGUCGUGACGCGGUCGCCCGAGCUCUGGCUCGUGCUCGUCCCUUUCUUCAUCUACGUCGGCUUCUUCAACUCCAUCUCGUCGCUCCUCAACCAGAUGAUGGUGCCCUACGGCUUCUCCGACGACGAGGCCGGCAUCGGCGGCGCUGUCCUCAUCCUCGUCGGCCUCGUCGCCGCCGCCGUCUCCUCGCCCAUCCUCGACCGCACAAAGGCCUUCCUCCUCGCCCUCAAGCUCUUCAUCCCCGUCAUCGGCCUCUGCUACCUCGUCUUCGUCUGGAUGCCCGAGACGCGCAACAUCGCCGGUCCCUACGUCGUCCUCGCCGCCCUCGGCGCCGCCUCCUUCGCCCUCGUCCCCGUCGCCCUCGAGUUCCUCAUCGAGCUCAGCCACCCCCUCAGCCCAGAGGUCACCUCCACCACCGCCUGGGCCGGCGGCCAGCUCUUUGGCGCCAUCUUUGUCAUCGUCAGCGACGCCCUCACCGACGGCGACGACGCCCACCCGCCCCGCAACAUGAAGCGCGCCCUCAUCUUCCAGGCCGUCAUCGCCCUCGUCGUCUGCCCACUGCCCAUCUUGCUCGGCCUCUUUGGCCGCAGCGACAAGGUCGUCCUGCGCCGCAUCCGCUCCGACGAGCAGGGCAGGGAGGGCCACAUCGUCGCCGCCUCAUCGACGACGGCUCAGGAAUCACGCAUAGCGUGA